GAAAGGCUUAUAAUCUUGGUAUUAUGGAAAUGAAACAAGUCGAACAGUAUAUAGAUCUUCAAGAGAUCACUGACGAACAGCUACUCAAUCAUCCUAUGUUCGUUCAUAAUUUCUGCAUGUGUAUAUUAUCGAUCCUCGUCAUGACUCUUUAUCUUCUACAAGGAUGGCUACUCUUCGAUUUAUGGCAAUGGAUUAGAAAAUUUGGAAGAUUACCGGACAAUGAAUCCAAAUGCAAUUCAAAUUUGAGUAUGAAUAGCGAGAUAAUCGGAGAAAAUACUCUGGCAUCGCUUACAACAGAAAGACCAGGGAAAUUAGAACCCAUUCCUGAAUUAGGCAAACUUCAUUCUAUAAGUUUAACCGAUUUUAUACCCGUCGAGAAUGAACCCGUAAUUCAUUAUUGUUGCUGCGUUGAUUAUUAUAACUACAUUAAAGAAAGUCGGAAAAGAACGCCACACCAUGAAUUUCAAAUGAUACAUGUAUUAUGA